AUGUUCAAUUUAAUUUUAUGGCCAUUAUUUUUGCUUACUUCGGUUGCUAUUCCCUUGCAGCUGACGCUGGAAGUCAUUUUUCUGACCUCUUCUGUUAACUUCUCAAAGGCAAGUGCUGCCAAAACCGCUUCUUCUUUGGGUCAAUCUCCGGUGGUUAUCACUAUCUAUAAAUCACUGCUGAAAUAUUGGAGUUUUUACGAAUUCGUACAUUUUAUUUACCUUUAUACUCCUAUCGAUGCUUUUUUGAAUUUCUUACCAUUUACAUCUUUACUUAUGUUGUUUGGAAGUAUUUGCUUGACAAGAGAAUUGAUAUAUGAUUUCAUUAGUUUCAUGGAAUCCCAAGGCAAGCUUACUGGGUUUCUUAAUAAGAUAACAGAACCGAACUUUAACAGUUACCUACUGCUUUCCUCAAUUUAUAAUGUUUGGUUUGCAGAAGACACCAAUGACAAAUUCUUAUUUGGUAAAUUGACACAGUUUCUAAUUUCUGUAACGAAAAAAUACGAAUUUCCAAGAACCUACUACUUAUCAAGAGCUUCUGAUUUUCUACAAAAUCUGAUAUUGACAAAGUUGAGACCCUUUGUAACAGACCAACCACAAAGCGACAGAAACAAAUAUCAAAGUCAAAACGGUAGCCCUGAGUCUUCAAAGAGUGAGACCGACGACCAGAAGACCUCACAGCAAUCGUCAUCUUUUGAACAAAAUUACACAAGCGCAGAAUUUCCCAAUGACUAUGAUUUCAUGGAGGACAUCCUCGAAGAAACGACAGAAUUAGAUUAA